AUGUCCGCACUCAGAAUUCUCGUGCCCGUCAAGAGGGUCAUUGACUAUGCUGUCAAGCCCCGAGUCAACAAGGCCCAGACGGGCGUCGAAACUGCCGGCGUCAAGCACUCAAUGAAUCCCUUCGACGAGCUCUCGGUCGAAGAGUCGGUCCGAAUCCGCGAGAAGAAGCGCGCCCCCGGCGGCGUCGAGGACAUCACCGUCAUCUCCGCAGGCCCCCCCAAGGCCGUUGACGUGCUCCGAACGGCCAUGGCUAUGGGAGCCGACCGCGCGAUUCAUGUUGAGACCAAGGAAGGUGACGACCUCGAGCCGCUGUCGGUUGCGAAGCUGUUGCGCAAGGCGGCCGAGGAGCACAAGUCCAACCUUGUUAUUCUGGGCAAGCAGAGCAUUGACGACGAUGCGAACCAGACAGGCCAGAUGCUGGCUGGCCUUCUGGGCUGGUCACAGGCGACGCAGGCCAGCGAGGUCAAGUUUGAGGACGCAGACACCGUCAGCGUCACCCGCGAAGUGGACGGCGGUGUUGAGACUGUCAAGGCGAAGCUGCCGCUUGUCAUCACCACCGAUUUGAGAUUGAACGAGCCCAGAUACGCAAGCUUGCCGAAUAUUAUGAAGGCUAAGAAGAAGCCUCUUGAGAAGAAGAAGCUGGCAGACUACGGUAUCGGUGUUGAGAAGAGGUUGAAGGUUUUGAAGGUUACUGAGCCUCCCCAGCGACAGGGUGGUGGCAAGGUUGAGGAUGUCGACGGGCUCGUUGCAAAGCUCAAGGAGCUUGGCGCCCUGUAA